GGCUGGCUGGGGACCAUGGCAAAGCACAUUAAAUGUAUUGAAGUCCAGGGCAGAUCACACGCCGCCUCCCUCACAUCGCCCACAGCCGUGACUGAAAGCUCUAGAAACGUCUCGUACGCUGUAGCUGCGUCAGAACUGCAAUUCUCAUCCUGUUGUACGCAAGAAGAUCCGGCGUACAGUCCACAAGCUAGAGGCGUUUGCAUUGGUUGUGUGUGGGCAGCAUUUCCUUCUUUUUUACAGGCAUUUCUAUUCUUUCCAGAAGGCUGUUUUAUCAGUGAAAAAGAAGCUCACUUUCACGCCGACAUGCAUCCAGCAACUGCCAAGUGGUACGACAGGAGGGACUCUGUUUUUAUAGAGUUCUGUGUGGCAGACAGCAAAGAUGUUAAAGUCAAUUUUGAUAAAACAAAGUGCGGUUUCAGUUGUCUUGGUGGAACUGACAAUGUCAAACACGAGAAUGAAAUAGAACUUUUUGAAGCCAUUGAUGAAAAUGAAUCCAAACAUAAACGCACAGAUCGCUCAGUGUUGUGCUAUCUACGAAAAGCGCAGCCAGGGAAGGCGUGGCCGAGGCUAACAAAAGAGAAGGCAAAGCUGAGUUGGCUCAGUGUUGACUUCAACAACUGGAAAGACUGGGAGGAUGAUUCAGAUGAGGAGAUGGGCAACUUCGAUCAAUUCUCAGAUAUGAUGAACAACAUGGGAGGUGAGGAUGACCUACCCGAUCUAGACGGUGCAGAUGACGACGAGUCUGCAGAUAGCGACGACGAGAAAAUGCCAGAUUUGGAGUAGAAAGACUGUAAGACUCUGGAAAGAAAAUGGAAGAACAGACGGCAAGAAGAAUCAAAACAAAUGUAUAUCUUGAAAAUCGAAGGCAGUGACAAACAACUGUACAUAUGAGUCAGUAGCCAUAUUUAAAAUCCAUAGCCUCAGCUCCAAACUCUUGACCGAUCAGUCCACUGAAGGUUGAUAUGCAUGGUAUUGUACAGAGCAGCUAUCUCCACUUCCAUUUGCUGUACUGCACCUUUUUGGGUAUCUCGUUUUACUGUUAAAUAUUACAACUAAGCACACAUUAUUUGUUGGAAAAGCUGUAUAGUUGUCCUCAACUGAGCAAUACGUGUUAAGAGAUUUACAACUUGUUUUCAAAUAAACUGUGGUUAAAAAUGAUAAGGCCCACCCAUUCCCAAUGUUGUGGUUUUAAGUUAGUCGACCAGUGUAGUUUCUCAUGAUUUUAAGAAGACACUAGCUAUGUACAUCUGAGAAUUAGAUGCGUUUACUGAUUGGGUUCCUCUAAAGCCUUCCAUGUGCCGUGAAUUAGAUAUCCAGGAAGCCAGUCUUUGUUUCUGUAGCUUAACCUUCCAGCUUACAUGUUUCCCUUUACUUAUUGUUUAAUGUAUGUGAAAUUGGAAUCAUUGCAGAAAUAUUUGCAUCUUCCCACUGAUCAUCUGGUAAUUUGAAUGAAUCCCACACAGUCAGUAUCUUAACAGUUCCUCUCUCCAUACCCGCCUAACAUGCACACUCACGUUAAGACUGAAGAAGCAAGAUGAAAUGUUUUGCAGCUGAUAUAAAGAGGCUUGAAGCUCGGUUGGGCCUCAACAUCAUGUGGUUCGUUGCUAUCCUCCAGGUUCUUUCCGUUUGUUCAUCUAGAGUAGAUCCUCCCUUGUCGGUGAGGGAGUGUCGGAAAGAUAUGGCGACAUGUAAUGACCAAAUUAUAUUUGCACUGUCAAUAAAAUGUAAGGGGAGACAAGUAAUGUUGAAUUACAGUGGAAAUUCUUUUUUUAUUGUCUACAUCUUUCUAAUAAACUGUUUAAGAAUCA